AUCAAUUGUGAGAUUUAAUAUUGUUGUGCCAUAAACUCAGCUAUCAUACUUAGUCUGUGUGACAUCAAAGAGUAAAAAAAGAGUUUCAAUAGUGUAAUUAUGAAGAGAACUACAUGUAAAUACGGGACUGAUUGCCCAUUCCGUGAACAAUUCAGUUAUUACAUGCAUUAUUCCAUACACAAUCCAUUUUAAAGAAAUGCCACUUUAAUUUUUGUUUUUGAAUUAUAUAUAAGUAUAUGUAAAUUAGCUAUCCUGAUGAAAGUUUAAAGAACCAUCAUAAUAUUUUAAGCAGUAGUAUCUACAUGUAAAAUGUAAUUGAUCCUUUCUUCAGUGUUAUUAAUUUUACAUUGUGGCCAGCUUUCUUAUUAUCCUUCAUUGCCGUCCAUGUGGAUAUAACUAGAUCAUAUAAAAUAUGGUCUAGUCUUUUGGAGGGAUUUGUGAGAGGUGGUGGUAUAUUCAUCCCUAUUUUAAUGAAAUUAAAAUGUUCAUAAAUCUUUUAAGUUUUUUUUAGGAAUCAUCCCUUAAGCUACAAUUUAUAUUUUCAAGCCACUCGUGUUAAAAUGCACUAUGUGGUGGAUUGGACAAGUGACUCUAUGCUCCUUUCUAUGAUUUGUUGAUUAAUUAAAAACAGCCAAGAGCCCCACUCCAAAACCAUAUAUUUGCUUAUUGCUUUUGUCUUAAUAAAUGAAUAGGUUGUUUGAGGAAGUAGUUAUGUACCUUGCUAAAGUGAAAACUUUAAAUUUGUAGAUAUACAUGUAUAGAUAUAUAUAGGAUAAUCAAUCCACUUUUCUGAAAUUUAUGUUGUACAUAAACAGAUUGACCAACAGUAUGUUAACAUACUAAAUGUUGUGACAAAGGUUAAGCAUUAUUUGUUUACUUUCAGCAGCUGUGAUGGAUGAAACAAACUCAAGAGAUUUUCUCAUUCAGAAGAUUGAUGCUUUGUUGCUGAAGUUGACAGACUUUGAGGAGAGCUUGUUGAUCACUGCUGAUGGGGAUUCUCUGUAUGUCACUGGCUCUGAAAAAGGAAAGAAUUUCCUGAAAGAUAACCAACACAUAGCGGAGGAGUUCCACAAAUACUGCUAUGACAGUCCAGUGAAAUCUUCAAACUGCACUUCUUUAUGGAAGCAGAAGAUUUCCUUCGGCAAAGAACCAUCUGGGAAAUUCCCUGUUUAUGUCAAACCUGCCUUCACUGUUUACAAUCUCAAUAAUGAUGAAGAAGAGCACCAGACAGAGAUAUCUAACAUAAGAUUCCAACAAAAAAGGAGUUCCAGCUUCCGAGUGUUUGAUAUUGCCGACCAGAGCUAUUCCUCAAACAGCUGGAUCAGACGGCCAAACGCUGAUUCUCUCAUUGGACCCAAAGUAAAACCCAAUGUGAAACAAGAUAUUCCUAAGAAUUUUGAAGUAAAAGUAUGCAAAGGCAGCAAAUCUACUCAAAUCAAAGUAUCGCCAAUAAAGGUGAAAUCAGGACAGUCUCUGAAAAAAGGCAUUAACCUAGAUGUGACUAAGAAAUAUAACCAUGCUGACUCAAAAAGUUCUAAAAAACCAGGUGAUGAUGAACCGGAUAUCACCAUCAUAGAACACUCUGAUGAGGACAUGGCUGAGGGAAAGAAGAAAGGAUCUCCUGUGUGGUCCCCAAAAAUUGUCCUUAGAAAAUCUCGUGUUAGUAGGGCAAGAAUGGAUUCCACCAAACCUGAGAAAAAAGUCACUGCUACGUCAAAAGCUGUCUGUGAAGUUAAAGACAGCGAUACGGAUGAACUGAUCAAGGUUGGUUCUAAGUACAACAUGGAUAGUGAGGACACAAGUAAACACAGUGAUGAUGUGGAGAAGGAAUCAGAUCAAAGUAAAGAAGAAGCUAAGGGGACAUCUAUGGCUGGUCCAUUAGCGGGAGAUGACUCUGACUUGGAUCAGGACAUCCCAGAACCGAUGGAAUCAGAUGAUGUAGAACUUAGUGACUAUUCCUUUUUAGGUGAAAAUGAAGAUGAUCCUCACUUGGUUCAAGGAACUUCUGUUAGUGAUAUCAAACUUCGGAAAUCAAAACAACCAGAUGAAGAGAAAUCUUUUACUAGAUCUGAUAAAAAAGUUGUAAAUGAUACACAACCUGAUAAGGGACCCUCAAACACAGAAAAUCAUGGUGAGACUAAGAAAAAUAAUUCUAAAACAUCUGGUUCACCAACAAAGAAAACCCCUGAUUAUGCUUGUAAUGUACUGGAGAAGGGGGUUAACUCUGGAAACACUGAGACCUUUCAAGAUAAAGAUUUACCUUUGAAAUCUUCCCACACUCAAAGCCCAACCCAGAAAUCUCCUGCAAAGGGAUCAAAAAAGAGAAAGAAUACAACGCCCUUGAUGAGGUCACCACAAAAAAAGAUAAAGGUAGAAAUGAUUGAUGAAACUGAGCAAUCUCCAGCAGAACUGGCUGUACAAUGUGAUGGUGAGUGUGGCUCGAAACCGAUGGCAGAAAUGGAGUAUCCAGAUCCAUUGUAUGAUACAGAAGAAUCAAUGGAGACAUCUAAGAAGGAAAGUUCAAACAUAACCUCUCCAGACAUGAGUUCUAGUAUAAGUUCAGCAAAGGAAGCAUCAAAGAGGAUCUCGGAGGACUUACAUGUAGGAAGUUUGCCUAAGAGUAAACAACAAGAAGAGGUAGCAAGAAAAGAUGUGAAAAACUCUCCCAAAACUAAAUCCCCAAAAAUUCCUUGCAAACUAAAUGAUGUAGAAGGAACCCAGAAGAAAUACCUGGUAGUAAGCUUAGAAAAGAUCCCAGACACAGAUAUUCAGCAGCCUGGAAAGUCAGUAAUGAAAACUAAUUAUCAAAUACAUAAAAAUACUCCUGAAGUAACCAGUAUGUCUUCUGCAGAUCUGAUAAAGUCCAGUGAAGAAGGCAUUGAAGAAUCAGUACAGCUUACAGAGGAGAACAUGGACAAAUUCACAGAAGAAUUCAAAACAGCUGCCUCGCAAAAUGCACACAAUAACAACCUUUCUUCAAUAUCAGAGCAGCCAAAUAUAGAAAAAGUAGAAACAACUUCAAGUGAAUUUGAAAAGGAUUCAGUUCCAAAAAGUAAAAGACAAAUCUUAGAGCCAAAAAAGCCUAGAACAGAAACCUCUGACAGUCAUUGUACAGAAUCAAAGCCCCUUGCUGUAACAAAUAUGGAAACAUGUUCCUCUGUAUCAGAAAAGAGUGAACAAGAGAAAACUUCUAAACCUCUUUCAAACAUUCAGGGUAAGGGUAACAAUACUGCAAAGGCUGGUACUGGGAAAAAGGUUAUAGACUUUAAAAACUUUAGCUUAGAUUUAAGAGCUUUAGCAGUGCAGAUGGCCAAAAAGAAACAAAAGAAGAAUUAGAAUGAGAAAAUUUUACUGUUGGUGAUUUUUUUCAAAGGCUAAGCUCACCCCCCCCCCCCCCCCCCCCCCCCCCCCCCAGUUAUACACAUAUCCUUAUCAUGUAUAUUUUUAAGGUGAAAUUGUCUAUAUAUUAUUAUCUUAUCAUUAUUUAAAUUUAUAUUUUUUUUAACAAAAUGUCAACUGAAGACCAAUGUAAUGUAUAUUUAACCCUCUGUCUUAAGAUAGUCUUUAUAUGUUUACUUUGCAUGAUCAUCCCUUAUCAAGACCAGUUAAGAAGAAUAUACAUGUACAUGUAAGUCUACAGGAAAGAUAGCUUUUAUAGGCUUUAUUUCUUCUACAAAAUAUUAAUGUAUUGUUAAAUAGCUUUCACAGGGAUGUAUUUAACUCAGGUGCUCAAUUACGGCUCAUAAGCCCACUGUUUCACAGAUAUUUACUGGAAACUAACCAUUAGUUUGUUAACAGAAAUUUGGAGUUUUUUAUCAUUAUACACAUACAUUUUGAACAUUUUAACUUUUAAGCAGACGCAGUGCAGCAAGUCAUAUAUUAUGUUCAUAUUUUUAUCUGUUUCAGUAUAUUUUUUUACACUUAUUGACUGGUAUCCAUGGCAUUAUUUUCAUCUUAAUUAUACCCUCCUGAAAGUGUUAUUCAUUUCUGUUUUUCAUCCACCGUAGCUGGAUUACGUGGAACGUAAGUUAUGCCCAAGCUUAUAAAUCUUGUGUUUUAUCAUACUGACCCAAGGUCAUUUGAUCUCAAUUUUUCGUGUAAAUGCAUUAAUAUAAUAUGACACUAUAAAUUAUUAAAGAGAAAUAUUGGGACACUCUUCCCUAUUAAACAAAUAUAGUUGAAUUGUAAAAUAACAUGUAUUAAUGUGUUCAAUUUAUAUUUUUUGUAUCAUAAUAAUAAAAGAUAGCAAAUGUU